GCAAAAAGCAAAUCAUGAAGAGCAUUGCACUAGUAACCAUCGUAACGCUGGUGUUGCGUUUUUGGGCGAGUGCUAUGUUUCUUGAUAACACAAGGGGAAGGUACGAGACUGAUACGAACGACGAUGGUCGUUUGCCCAACUGGUUCGCUAUCUUCCCAGGGACCAAGUGGUGUGGUGCAGGGAAUAUCUCAGCAAACAACGAGGAUCUCGGAAUUGCAGCGGACACGGACAAGUGCUGCCGAACUCACGAUUUCUGUAACGAUACAAUUGAGGCUGGCGGGACCCGCCACAACUUGACCAACGAUGCGUUUUACACCAGGUUGGUCUGCGACUGUGAUUACGACUUUUAUGAUUGCCUCAAGAAUGUCAGCUCAAAGGUGUCCAAUAACGUUGGGCUUAUUUAUUUCAACAUUUUGGGAACGCAGUGCUUUCGAGAGGACUAUCCCAUAGUGGCAUGCAUCAAAUAUGAGUACACGCCGCGUAAAAAGUGCGUGGAGUACGCAUAUGACACGACCCAAGAUAAGAGGUACCAAUGGUUCGAUGUUCCCAGGUACUGACGAAUCUCAGCGUAAUAAAAAAACAAUUGCUUAGAUAAUGGAUUGUAACCAUGUA